UGCAAACCGCUUGGGGCUAGGGGCUGUGCCUUCGGGACGAUGCUGCUGCGAACAGCUUGGAGGCGGGUGGCUACGGCUGUACCCCCAGUUCCGGGCCCGGGGCCCGAGGCGCCCACUCGGGGUCUGCGCCUGCGCGUUUUAGACCAUGCUCCCCAGUCUGCUGUUCCUUCAGAUACAGCCUCUGCUCCGGAGGUGGAGUCAGUGCUGCGACCUCUGUAUAUGGAUGUGCAAGCUACAGCUCCUCUGGACCCUCGGGUGCUUGAUGCCAUGCUCCCUUACCUUGUCAACUACUAUGGGAACCCACACUCCCGGACACAUGCUUAUGGCUGGGAGAGUGAGGCAGCCGUGGAGCGUGCUCGCCAGCAAGUAGCAUCUCUCAUUGGGGCAGAUCCUCGUGAGAUCAUUUUCACUAGUGGUGCUACUGAAUCCAAUAAUAUAGCAAUUAAGGGGGUGGCCAGGUUUUAUAGGUCACGGAAAAAGCACUUGAUCACCACACAGACAGAACACAAAUGCGUCCUGGACUCUUGCCGCUCACUGGAAGCUGAGGGCUUUCAGGUCACCUACCUCCCAGUGAAGAAGAGUGGGAUCAUUGACCUGAAGGACCUAGAAGCUGCCAUCCAGCCUGACACCAGCCUGGUCUCAGUCAUGGCUGUGAACAAUGAGAUUGGAGUGAAGCAGCCCAUUGUAGAAAUAGGGCGGAUUUGCAGUUCCAGAAAGGUCUAUUUCCAUACUGAUGCAGCCCAGGCUGUUGGAAAAAUCCCUCUUGAUGUCAACGACAUGAAAAUUGAUCUCAUGAGCAUCAGUGGCCACAAAAUCUAUGGUCCCAAAGGGGUUGGUGCCAUCUACAUUCGCCGCCGGCCCCGUGUGCGUGUAGAGCCCCUGCAGAGUGGAGGGGGGCAGGAGCGGGGUAUGCGGUCUGGGACGGUGCCCACACCCUUGGUGGUGGGGCUGGGGGCUGCGUGUGAAGUGGCGCAGCAAGAGAUGGAGUAUGACCACAAGCGAAUUUCCAAGCUAGCAGAGCGGCUGACACAGAAGAUAAUGAAGAGCCUUCCAGAUGUGGUGAUGAAUGGAGACCCUGAGCACCAUUACCCAGGCUGUAUCAACCUCUCCUUCGCCUAUGUGGAAGGGGAGAGUCUGCUGAUGGCACUCAAGGAUGUUGCCUUAUCUUCGGGCAGUGCCUGCACCUCUGCAUCCCUGGAGCCCUCAUACGUCCUUCGAGCAAUCGGCACUGAUGAGGAUUUAGCUCACUCUUCUAUCAGGUUUGGCAUUGGCCGUUUCACUACAGAGGAGGAAGUGGACUACACAGCUGAAAAGUGCAUUCACCACGUGAAGCGUCUUCGAGAGAUGAGCCCUCUCUGGGAGAUGGUGCAGGAUGGCAUUGACCUUAAGAGCAUCAAGUGGACCCAACACUAGAAGAGAGGGCUUCUGACUAUGUGCUGGCCUGGCUGCUCCUGCCUCAUCAACCCAUGCACAGCCCAGCACCUUGUUACACCCAGUGGGUGUUUCAUGUUCAAACCAGAAUUGAUAUAACCCAGUUGACUUCAGCAUCAGCUCAUCUCCAAGACAGAAACACAGGAUACUAUCUUUCUGGGGUCUCAGGAGUCCUUCUCUGCUCUGAUAUGAGUGUAUAUCUCACCCUGAAACAAGAGGGACAUCUGUUACACUAUCGCUGCUGGACAUGUCUGUAUCCUUGGUGGGGAGAACCAGAACUGAAAGAAGGCUCUUUGUUCAGGGACCCCAGUGCUAUACAUGGACACUUGAGUUGUUACGUACAGCUACUAGCAAGUGAUUCCUUCAGGAACAAGUGUAAUCAACUAGAUUUUAAUCUUUUCCGUGGCUCCGAAGGCCACCUCUUCAUAUUGAUUGUAGACUGAACAGAUCUUACAAAGUGUGUCUUUCUGUCCUUGUGUACUUUUCUUUUGACCUAGUGGAGUGAGAAAUGUCUGUAUAAUUCUACCUAUUAUUCUAAAAAUUUGUUUCUUUUUAAAAGUUUGUUAAUUUGCAGAUUGAAGAAAUAAAAUCACAUUCUUCCA